AUGAUUGCUGUUAUUUCAGAAUCAUACGAGAGAGUCAUGUAAAAUCUGGUUGCUGAGGCAUAUAAGGUUAAGGCAAAUAUGAUAGCUGAAAGAGAACAGCUUUUCUCAAAUGAUGAUCUAAAUAAAAGUGAGCUAUUUCCUGCAUACAUUGUUGUAAGAAGGUAAAUUAAAAGCGAGUCUAAUGAUGGUGGUGAAUGGUAAGGAUUCAUCAAAGAUUUAAAGUACACUAUAAGAACGACAUCAGCAAAAUCAAAAGGGGAAAUUAUUCAAAAUUUAUAAUAGUCAAUUGGAAAGUUAGACAAUGGAAAUGAAUAAAAUUUAAAACUUAUGAGUGGAGAAUUAAGCGAGCAAAUUAAAAUAUUGAAGUAAUAAUUUGAAAAAACUUCAGAAGAUAGCGGGAAAGAAAUAAAGUUAAUAAAAGAAUAAUAAUCCUAAUAUAAAGAAAGCAUCCUCCUUUAAAUUGAUUCAAUAGUUCAAAGUCUUUAAGCACAAAGCAAAGAUCUUGAUUUAAAAGUAGUUGGAGUGGAUACAAAAAUUAUGGGAUUAGAUACAAAAGUUGAAAAUCUUGAAGUAUAUGGAAAAGGACUGAAUGAUAAAAUUGAAAGUCUUGACUCUAAAGUAACAGAAAUUUAGAAUAACAUGGAAUUUAUUAAGGAUUCUAUGACUUUACUCCUCUAGAAGAAUAAUCAAUGA